AUGAGUAAACGAAAGCAGCAGAAACUUCACAGUCAAGCUAUUGAUACUGCUUUGAGACGCAGAAUUACACCAUGCAAAAAACAAAUACUAAUUCUAGGAGCAUGUUCAAGUGGAAAGUCAACCUUUCGACAUGGAAUUUAUCAUCUAUCGAAAGAAACUAAUAGCAUGAUGAAUGCGGAAGAAAGAGAAUUGCAUAUUCGAAAGUAUGUCAUUCGAUGUUUGGACAUCUGUUGGCAAACAUUCAAAAUAGUCGAUUUUAAAUUCAGUAAUUUAAAUGAGGAAAUUAAAAAAGCUAGGAAAAGUGGAGUUUUCACAUCAAGCAUGAUCGAAUUUAUGAAAUAUUUAACAAUGCUAAAGAGUGAGGAAUUGGAAUUCAUUUCACAUCAUUUCAGAUAUAUGGAAAAUAUUCGAUACUUUUUUUCUGAGAAUUUCAUUGCCAAAUUACAAGCAAUCAAUGCAGAUUUUACAAUUCAUGAUCUUUUACAAACUAAAAUACCUCAUUCCAAGUCAUCAAUUUAUGAAUUUUCAUUUGAAACAAGUAAACUAAUUGAUCCUAGUCCACAAAGAAAUGAGAAACGAAAGUGGAUUUCUCAUUUUGACAAUACCAUGACACGAGUAAUUUAUUUAAUUUCCCUUGCAGAUUACAAUUUAACAGACUCAAUUUCUGGAGCUAAUUGUCUUUGGUUGGCUUUACAAAAUUUUAGUGAAUUUGUAAAUUAUUCAGAAUAUAUACCAGCGGAUGUUUCAAUAGUUUUUACCAAGCUUGAUCUCUUUAAGGAAAAAUUGGAAAAGUAUCCCUUCUCUGAUUAUUUCACAGAAUAUACAGGACCAAAUGAUUCUGAAACUAUUCUGACAUUUCUCCUCUCUCAGAAUACAGACCUUACUCAAUUUAAUAUUGGAAACAUGUUAUCAAUGAAUAACAUUGAUAAUAUAAAUUAUUUAGCACAGGAAAAUGAGAACGUACCAAGAUUUGUUCUGUAA